AUGUUCAAUUAUGUCCAUGUCGAUGAAAAGUGGUUUUACAUGUCCAAGGAAUCAAAAAAGUAUUAUCUUCUCCCUCGAGAACAAGAGCCUUUACAUGCUCGUAAAAGCAAACGGUUUAUUACCAACGUAGUGGUUCUUGAUGCAGUAGCUCAACCAAGAUUUGAUUCAUCUGGAAAUCAAGAAUUUAAUGGAAAAAUUCCAAUUUUUCCAUUCACAUACAAGGAGCCUGCCAAACGCACCAGUAAGAAUAGUGUAGCUGGCACAGUAGAGACAAAGCUGGUAUCAUCAGUGACCAAAGAUGUGAUAAGAUCAUGCUUAAUUGAGGAAGUUCUUGAAGUUUUUCUAGCAAUUCGAGCUAAAUGUCCACAUGAUACGAAGAAUAUCAUAUUCAUUCAACAAGACAAUGCUAAGCCUCAAAUUGAGCCGAAUGACCCUGAAUUUCUUGAAGUUGCAUCAAGUGAUGGAUUUAAUAUAAAUAUAUCCUGUCAACUGCCUAAUAGUCCAGACAUGAAUGUUUUGUAUCUUGGAUUUUUUAGAGCUAUUCAAUCACUGCAGCAUUUAGAAGCACCUUCAAAAGUUGAUGAUUUCGUCAAUGCAAUAGAAAAAGCUUUUCACGAUUUGCCAUCACAAAGCCUAAAUCACGUUUUCUUAACUUUGCAACAAUGCAUGAUUGAGGUGAUAAAAUAUUUUAGGGGAAACAAUUACAAGUUGACACAUAUGGGUAAAGAAAAAUUGGAGAAGUUUGGUCCUCUUCCCCUUCAACUUGGAUGUGAUCGCGAUAUUGUGGAAAAAGCCAUCCUUCACCUCUAG